AUGCGACUUUUGCACGCGCAGUGCAAGCAAGCUUCCUUUGCUGAAGAUAGUGAUCUCCUUUCCGUUGGAGGUUACAUUGUGAACAACUCGACGCUGUGGUGGAGUUUGGCGCCAUUGCAUGACAAAUUGCGAAGCAAAGGUGAAACUCGUGUGUUUUUCAAGUGGGUGCAGUUCUUCGUUCAUGGUGUGAAGCAGUCGAAGUGGACAAGUGAGAACCAAGAUGACUGGAUCCAUACAAGACGAACUCAGCAGGCUGCAGAUGAGCUGCACGAAACUGUUGCAACUUCCUCAGCGAUAGUAGCCUUCCUAGGCUAUAUGCUGCGAGACUCACGAAAGCAGUCUUUGAUUUCUUACACCAAAGGUUGGCUGCCCAAACUCUGCAAUCGGGCAGUUUUAUGCUGCGAGCACAAUGCGGACAUUGAAAUGGAGAACAUGAUUCCUCUCACGGUGAGUGCAAGUGGGAUGGUGACACGAUUGAGGAGGUCCCUUGCAAUGACACAUGCAACAGUGUUGAAUGUCUUCAAGGCAGAAUGGCAGUCAAUGGUGGACGCUGGUGAGCUGGCUCAUUGCUUCGAUGAUCAGGAUUCUGUGCCUUUGAUCGACUUGGUACUAUUUGCGUUCCAGGUACAACGUCACAGACGGGCUGCGGGCAAACAUAUCUGGCCACCUGGCAACCCUUCGGGGACUUGUUUAUCUCAGCUGCAACACGGGAUAGUGAGGUUUUUGUCAGAUCAACUUGACAAAUAUGUCACAGAGCGCUACAUGGCUGAACAUGAUCACGGUGCAGUGCUGCCAUCGAGCAAGCGGCGCAAAUCGGGUCAAUCCACCAAGGUAUCUAUGCCUCCUGAUACCAUCUUCGAGGUUGUUCAAGCGGCAAGGGAUUCGGGUCUUUCAGGGAGGGAAGCCUUGAAGUUUUUGAGAAGUUCGGAGAGAUUGUCAGCAGUGGCCGGAUGCCAUCCAAAUGUCAUUGACUCUUGGAUGAGGAGGCUUCAGUGGAUUUACGAUGCCAGGGUAAUUUACAGCCUGGCAGGCUGCAGCCAUCUGAACCUGGUCUGCGACGCCUCGAGACAUUCAGGCAAAGAGGUGCUUGUCACAAUGGCAUGGUCUUGGGAGAACAAGACUGCAGCUGCUUGCAAUGUGCAAGUUAUUUUGCCCUUAGAGAAAUUGGCACCGUCUGAGAUGGAUCUCACAGAUUUGAUUGAGUCACUUGCGCAGGCCAGGGUGCGCAACAAUAACGCACUGGACAACAAGAUCCAAAGAAUAGCUUCGUAUCGCCAUCUUCAAGCGAUCAGUCAUCAGGUCAACCUCUUGACCAACGGCCGCUUUGCAUCCCUUGACUCCUUCAAGGUUCCCACUGGGUUGCAUCUUGCUCCCUGUGGCAAACAUGAGACCAGGUUCGUGCAGCAAGAUGGUGAUAGAUCCAGAGCUUAUUACCACAACAGCGAAACUGGUGAAGAUGCCUUUCUUUUGCCAGAAUCUCGAGACUGGUGGAGGUCAAUUCCACUUCUAGUGCUGCAGAUGGAUCAGGGGCCAACAUGCUGCGCUGCAGCUGCGUAUGCCAUUGGACAAAUUGGAGGAUUGAUCCAAGUGAGGUGGGACAUCUACCACAGGUCGAUUCGAGACGUGAAACUCUCGCUCCUCCAUGCAGCAGGAGGAACUUUCCUCCAAAGCCAGAUGCAUUCGCAAUACCUCUUUGCCCUAAGCUACCGCCCCUUCAACAGCGGUGGGUUUGCAGAAGACAAACGAAGACUAUUGGAAUUGAUGAUGGGCAGAGAAGAGCCGGAUACCUUCCAGAUGUUUCAAGAUGUGUGGGAAACCAUCCGGGACGACCUCAACAUGCCAAAGACAUGCUCUUCUGCCGAAGUGUGGCAAAGACUGCCGAGCUUACCAAUCUUCUCAAAGAAGGGCACCCUCCCCAAACUCAGCAGAUGGUUCAGCUGGAACCAAAGCUACGAAGAGCAAUGUUCGUCCUGGAAUGUGCUGAAGCUGGCAUUGAGCUAUCAUUUCAGCCGUGACAGCAAGUGCGUGGAUCCCGACGUUGCUCAGCAGAAACGAGAAUUGGAUGAGUUGGCGCGCAUGCAAGAGAGCCCGGAUGAAAGAGUGAAUAUGAGAAAGCAAUUUUCGCAAUUGAAAGAGUCUCUCGGAGGCGGUCUCAAGCUGGCGUAUCAUUUGAUGUCAAACAGGCUCCUCCAAAUGAUUCACAUCAUUGCGCUGUGUACCCGUCCAACCUGGUCCUGGUACGCGGCAUCCGUGCGUGAUAUGAAAAAUCCUCAGGAUCAUUUGCAGAAUUUGGCACAUCUUGCUUGUGCUUGGCAAAGAGAAAAGCACUUGAGGGAGACAGCUGGUGUGCCGACAUCAAAGUGUCCUGAACUUGUAGCGUUGCUUGACAGGGAAGAGUUUGCUGAAUUCAGAGACGAUACGCCAACCAAAGUCUUUGAUCUUUGUGGCCAUCUGCUUCAAAGGCGGGUUUGGUCUAUGAGCAGGGCUUCCGCCCCUCCUGAUUGCUAUGCAGAGUUGCUGUGUGAAGGGCCACCUGGGAAUGCACAGGCUGCGUUAGAACUGAUGACACGACAUCACCAGACCUUUCUGCAACUGGAGAAACUUGCUGCAGCUCAGACAAAGCCUGUACCCUUGUUCGAAGCCCUGCGUGUUGUCAUCACACCAGCAGUUCGUCUCAUGUACUUGUCCUUCGAGGAGUAUCAGUACAGGUUGGCCGGCAUCUCUGGAAGACAUUUGCUGAUGGGCCUUCUCAAUACAUUUCCUGAUUCGAAGCUAAUCGAAGAUGUUCAUGGUGUUCUUCGCAAUGAUGCAGCCUCGCAGAAGACGCGUCGACAAACGGUUCACCAUAUGCAAGAACUUGUGACAAAUUGCAAGCAGCUCUCCAAUCGCGACAUUGCCCACUUCCCAGAAGUUGACCGGGACGUUUUUGUGGCCGAGUUUCCCCGUACAAGGGACAAGAAGCGGAAGAGGAGAUAUUUCGCAAGGGUGCAUGAGCUGCCACAAGAGUGGAGCACCAUCAUGGGGCCGAAGAAUUGGUCCACUGUGUCAGAAGAGGUUUUACACAAAGGCUUCGCUGCGUGGUCCUUUUUGCAAAGCUACUGCUCUGAGAGAAUGGUUGAAAAAGGCAUCAACCUAUCCCAGGGACAGCUGUCAAAAUUAGCUGUUGAACAGCACUUUUUGCAGCAAGUUGACUCCGAUGGGAACCAAUUGUACUUGGGAUUUUGCCUUGGAAAUGCAACAUUCGCCGCGCUAUUCUGGCCAGUCCUUCUGUUUGAGCAUGACAGUGGUUUCCGUGGUUAUUAUUUGGACCCAGAUGGCGAGGCCCACUGGAUGUAUCUGACAAAUCCCGUGGAGUGGAGAGUGCUCCUUCCAAAGGCAGUUGCCUUCAACAAUCAGAUCUUCAUGGUUCCUGACCCGUUGCAGACAGAGCCUUUGCUGAAGUUCUAUCUUCGCGAUAAAUCGCUGCACAAAAACUUGCUGGUGGCCGACCUCAAAUAUCUGGGUGCGUUUCUUGGACUUCCUGGCUUCGGAAAUGACGACAAAAGGCUUCGGAAGGAUUUGAUUCACGCAAUAAUUGAUUUUGUUGGAAAAGAUGACAACGAGUACAUUACCAAGGUGAAAGCUGCCAUGGAACUCCCAGACAUUCCGAAAAAGGUUGGUGGUGCUUUGGAUGAAUUUGUGCUCUCAGAGCUUCCGGGCGAAGACCAAAGUGAUUUCAAGGAAAUCGCAAAGGAAGUUGAUUGCAACAAAAAAAUAGGCUGGUCCUUUGUGGAACAAAAGUGGAAGGAAGCGACGAAGAAGAAGAAGAAGGCAAAACCGAAAUCCAAAGCCAGUGCCCGGAGAAGAGCGCAGCCAAAAGUGAAAGCAAAGGCAAAAGCAGCGAGGCGGGUUCCUCGCAAGCUCUUGAAAAAAUUGCUUCAGGUUGCAGCUCCGCAUCACCCUCCCGAAAAUGAAGCCAUCACAGAUUCUGAUGAAGAAGCGAUGGGAGGAGCAGUUCAUGAGGCAGAGGCAGCCCCUCAUGAGGCAGAGCCAGUGGAUGAAGCAGCGGAAGCUGGUGAUGCAGCUGUGGGGGGUGAUGACGAGGCACCUCCGCCACUUCCUCCUCCAAAUGACAUUCCGGACGACACACCUCUAGCAGCUCUUGUUCCGCCAGUUGCUCCAGUGCCUGCAGAGCCUGCUCAGGCUGCCGCUCCAGUGCAUGCAAGAGGCUACAUCAACCAGUGGGCAGUGUGUUAUUCCCAACUUUGGCAAUGCUUCGCCGGCCAAAUAAAGAUAUUGUGUUCGUGUCGAAACAUGUGUUCUCAUCUAGGCUCGGUUGGCUGCACUUUGACUGCUUCUCACUCAGACUGA